AUGGACCUCCGCACAAUAUGUUCCAGAUACGCACUCUGCAUAAGCGUGCAGAAGUUUGAACAGCUGCCAAAUUACGUUCACAAUGACGUCCUUUACGACUCGAAGCCACCCAUGACCGCCCACGAAUUUGGCCAAAUGCUUGAUGGUCUGAUUCGUGACUGGGUCGAUUUCCGUCUUGACGUGGACAUGUUGGUUGUGGAGCCGAGUGGCGCCUCGUCGCAUCUAAAUGGCAUGGUUUCUGCAAGAUUCAGACUGAGCCAUGAAACCCCAAGCGAAAAAGCGGCAGAGGGCCGUGUGGUCUUCUACGAACACGUAUUUUUCAAUUUCCAGGAAGGCAAGAUCGCCCAGGAGGAGACAAAUGCUAGAGUGAAGCUUUUCCAUAUUUGCGAGCCUCGUUGCUCAAUCCUACCUUAUAUAUCCAACUUUGGCGGUCAGAUUCUGUGA